AUGUAUUUAAACUCCAAACAAGGAACUAGAUUCUUCUUUGACAACAACCUCCCUGAAAUAAUAGAGUUUCUCAUCAGUGUGGGAGCUGCAACUUCUCAAGCUUUUACCUGCGUGGACACUCUAGAAGAAAUCAAGAGGAAGGAUCUUGUCUCAAUUGGGGAGCUCAACGCCUUCAUCUCCACCUCCAGGCAUAUCGAAACGGUGCAACCGAGUCCGUAUCCAGGUGCAAGAGAUUGUAGACAAUAUCUACAAACUGGGGUGUGUAGCUAUGGACUUAAGUGCCGAUUCAAUCAUCCUCCUCCUACUCAUAUUGCACCGGUGCUUCCACAGAGUGUUAGCCGUCAAAAUUGUAAGGUAACAAAAGGAAGUUGCAAGUACGGCUCAGGUUGUAGAUUUACGCAUUCAAUGGGAGGGGAUGGUGCAGAACCUAUAUUUAUUCUUAUAAGCCAAAUGCAAGAUUAUGAUCGGGAGGAACAGAAACAGAAGAAGAUGAAAGUGGAAAAUCUGAGAAUUGAUCCCACUGCUCAAUCCGGCGAAGGAGGGAUUCAAGCAGAACAUAGAUUGGAGAUUCCAGAGAAUAGCAACGUUAAUGCUCAAGAGAAUCUACAAGAGCAGGCAGAUAUAGAGAGGCAGAACAAACAGACUGAAAAGAAAGUGCAGGAGAAACCUAGACAACUGAUAGAUAUUGCUAGGACACGGGCUCAUAAAAUACGUUAA